CAAGGGGAAGCGCAUUGUUCAAAAACCAAACGCAGUUGGGUAGGAAAUAACAUAGCAGAAGCUCGGAAGGCUAGGAACACAAGGAUAAGGACUAGGUUAAUGUUAGUAGAUUACAGGUAGCUUGAUCUGAUACAGUUUAGACUCAGCAUCUCCAAUUUUAGGUAAGCCUUUCUGAGAUUUAACAGUUAUCCAGUAACUCAAGAUAAUUUAACCUAGUUACUGUAAUCCAGGCGCUCCCCACGCUUUCGACCUUAGAGGCAAGCAUGGCAUUAGCUUUGUCUUCCCCAUAUGGGUGCCCCUCUGAUGAGGAGGAAGAAAUGGCUGUGUUUGAGUCUACAGCAGCAGAGCACAGAGGCCUGGCUAGACCACGUCUGCCUGAGAUGUCUGUCAUUUCCCCCGUCCUAGAUACAUGGACAACCAUUACACAACCGACACUUGCAGUGAAAUCUGGAUUGGUGAGAAAAGGAAGCAAUGGUGAAGGGAAUAAUGAGAAGGUCAAGGUUUACCUGCGCAUCCGGCCUCUUUGUGAGGUGGAAAGAGAGAGAGAAGAAGAACAGGGCUGUGUUGCUGUUCAAGAUGAAGAGACUCUGCUGCUCAAAGCUCCAAAGGAGUCUCAGAACAUGAGGACUGCAGAGAGGGGCAUCACCCAGAGCAUGCACAAGUUCAGUUUCACCAAGAUCUUUGGACCAAAGUCCACACAGCAGCAGCUGUAUGAGAGCACGAUGAAGGAGAUGGUGAAGGAUGUGCUUCAAGGAGAAAACAGACUGCUCUACACUUACGGUGUCACCAAUUCUGGAAAGACUUAUACCAUUCAGGGUAGUGGUCGAGAGGCAGGCCUCCUGCCCCGGGCUUUAGCGUCUCUGUUCAGGAAACUGCAGGGUCGUCUUUAUGAUGCCGUGGACCUGAAGCCUGUCAUGUAUCAGGAUGUGAGGCAGCUUCAGCCCAGUGAGGUCAGGGCGGAGGAAAUCCGCAGAAACUCGUUGCUCAAAGAGGAUGAGAACCUGAGCUCUCGUCGAGGUGGAACCACUACAGUCUGGGACAGCGGACUCUCCUCUAUGAGUGAUGUUGUCACCCAGCUGGAAGACACGGACAGUGUUUGUCUGGAGCCGGACAGCCUUUCACACAGCGGAGGGCACGACCUGGAGGAAGGGGUGCAGUUCUCUAUCUGGGUGUCCUUUUAUGAGAUCUACAAUGAGUUCCUGUAUGAUCUGCUGGAUGCAUCACCCUCCCUGCAGCCCAGGAAAAGGGUCACUCUGCGGCUUAGUGAUGACAAGCAGGGUAACCCCUAUGUGAAAGACCUCACCUGGAUCCAGGUCCGCAGUGCUGAAGAAGCUUGGAAGAUCGUGAGGGCUGGACAUCGUAACCAGAGCUUCGCCAGCACUCACUUCAACCAAAACUCCAGCCGCAGCCACAGUGUCUUCUCUGUCCGCAUCCUGCACGUCCGCCCAGAGGCAGGUUCUGACCAGACCAUACACACCAGCGAACUGACUGUGUGUGACCUGGCUGGGUCUGAACGCUGUAAAGAUCAGCGUAACGGUGAGAGGAUGAAAGAGGCCAACAACAUCAACACCUCCCUCUUAACACUGGGGCGCUGUAUUGCUGCUCUGAGGCACAACCAGAGUAACAGAUCACGACCCCCUCAAGUGGUGCCCUUCAGGGACAGUAAACUGACCCGGGUCCUGCAGGGUUUCUUCUGUGGCCGAGGAACCUCCAGCAUGGUGGUCAACAUCAAUCCAUGUGCCUCCAUUUAUGAUGAGACCCUGCAGGCCCUCAAAUUCUCUGCUAUUGCUACCCAACUGGUCCAUGGCCCAUCCUCAAAGACCAGAGUGGCCUACAUCCUCUCUCUGCUGCGCGAACAGAAAACAGAAAAUGAGAAUGGAAGCAUGGUGGUAGAAGAGGAAGAAGAGGACGAGAGUGAUGUUGAAGAUGGAGAUAUCACCAUGUUAAAUACUGAGGCUUUGCUGCAGGCCAUCGAUGUCCUGAAGAGGGAGGUGCAGCGCCAGCGGGAAGAGAAGGAAGUUCUCGAGGCAAGCGUGAGAGAGCAGGUGGUCUCUGAGAUGAUGGAGGUCAUCUCUAGAAUGCAAGAAGGCUUCAGUGAGACCUUGGAGGCAGAGAGGGCUCUAAUCGAAGAGAGGUACGAGGAAAAGAUUGCUAAUCUGCAGAAACAUUUAAAGAAGUUCUACAGCCAGGAACUGAAGGAGCGUGAUCAGGAAAUUGAAGCGCUGUCUGCUGCCCUUGAAAAAAAAGAAGCUGAAUCCAUCACCCUGUCAGCACCACAAGCAGAAUGUGAGGGGCCUCGACGUUCUCAGCGCCUCAGUACUCAGACAAAACAUGGCAGAGUGAACACUGAGCUCGACCAGUGCCGCGCUGAGCUGCUCACCAAAACACAAGAGCUGAAAAAGCUGAAGAUGGAGCUGGAAGUCUCAGGUUCAACAGGCAACUUCACCGGUGCUGCUGAACGCAAGCUGGAGGAAGGUCAACGGAACCUGCGUCAACUGUGUCUGGAUUUGCAGAGACUCAGGCUGGACCUGCAGUCUGGUGAACGAGCCUGCUGUCGCAUCACAGGAGGAGAGAAGUUACGCCAGGCAAUAGUAGCUGCACACGACACACUACUCAAACAGGAUCAGAUCCUGAUGGAGCUCCGGAAUAGCCUGAUGCUGGUCAAAGCUGACUUAAGGCGCAAAGAAGAGACCCUGGCCAAGACGGAGGCCAUGCAGGCCCAACUGCCCCCCUCGGGCUUUGCUGCCUCCACCAUUUCAAGUUCCUGUAAGAAGAGGGGUUGUGGGGCCGCUGCAGGAAAUGACACUGAAAACAGACCUCCAGUGAAACGGCCUUUUUUCCAGUCUCUGUUCCCAAUACACACGCCAACACGUAAAUACAACACUCGUGCUGCUGAAGAAUCAAACAUGACCCCCUCCUUGCAGAUUUUACGGUCCCGUCAGCCAUCUCCACCUCCCAGUCCUGUCUCCACCCCUCGUAUCCUCAGGGGGAAAUACUGAGCUAUUCAGAGGAAGGCUGUCUUUCAAAGAAUUUAAAAACAAAGUUAUAAUAGCUGGUAACUUUAUACUAUUGUGUUUAAUGUUUGAUUGCUUUAUAUAUUUCACUUUUUGCAGUGUAGUUACAGGAUAAGGUGACUUAGUUUUCGUCAACAUCCACAAAUCCUAUGAAGAGACUAUCAAUAUCUGAAUCCAGAACCUGGUUUAGCUCAUUUAUCUGCAGGAUAAACCCUGCAUUGUUGGUUUAUGCCACAAAAAGAGAGAACAGCAGUCAGCCACAUUUCUGCACGGGGUGACAUGUUUCUCCCGCGGGAGAAAUGGGUACACACACAGUAAGUUAGUGGAGUAGUGCAGACAGAGCCAAGAUCACAUGUCGACUUUUACUUCAGAAGCUGUUUUUUGCGCCUAGAGCUCUUUCUUUGGGUAAAGACGACAUACAUGAGGAAGAAAGGUGUCACCCAUUGCAGCAGUGUAGCUCACUGGUGCUUUCAAACAAUGGAUUUCUGCGCUACAGAUGAAUAAGCUAAACCAGGUUCUGGAUGUACAGACAUAAGUAACCUUUGGGUUGGGUCUUAGUCUCUGUAGGAUUUGUGGAAAAUGAGAAAAAGAAAAGCAGCAAUGGCCUUGUCCUUAUACAUUGUUAUGGCAGUAAAACUUUUAAUGCAUAAAAUGAGGCUGAAUUAUACUGUUAAAGGGAUGGAGAGGAACAAGCAGAGAAGUUGCUCAGUGUGAUUAAAGGACUAGUGCAUGUUUUUAAUCUCUGCAACUCCACCACACGCCUUUGCUGUAAAUACUUUUUUACCCACAAUAAAAUCUUUAAAAAUG